AUGAUUGUCAAACAUUCAGAUGAUCGGAAGAAACUAUCCAAACUAUAUCUCGUCAAAUCCAAUUAUUUUACAAAUAUUCGACUCAACUUAAAGCAAAAUUCUUCGACAAUAAUCAACAACACUUCCUUCUUCAAUUCUCUCCACGAAAGGUUUUUAAUCAAUUCCUUCGACUGUGAAAAUGAUUCACCAUUAGCAGCCGGUGAAUAUUCUUUUCUUGUAUAUGGAGGACAGUAUCUCACUCUGUACAAUCUUGAUGGUCAACUUCAUAGACUCUCUUGGUAUACAAACAUCUAUGACUCAAUCAAACAAAUCCGAUGGUCGUCCUACUAUCGAUCAUAUCUAAUCAUGACAGCGCGAUAUUUCACACUUUUCAGUUUAGCUUCUUACAAACUUUUCCCAAUCAAUCUUUCAUUGAAAUCGUCCGAAUAUUUGCAAUUAUUUACAUGUCAUCAAACGGAUCUAUGGCUUGUCUGUUUAGUUGCUUCCACUAAACAGCAAAUUCUUGUUCAAUGUGAUCUAUCAGAAUGGGAACGGAAUGAGUUCAGUAUGACGAAUAUUUCUCUAGAUGAGCUAGGUCUUCAUCGAACGGAUAGUAUUUGUGCGAUAGAAACUGACCGGCCAGGUGAAUGUUUAGCUUUGUUAAUCGCAGAACGAAAUCAAAACUUAACUGUCGGUAUGCAGCGUCGUCGUCGAUUGAUUCUUGUAUCAACCUAUUACAUGUCUCCGGUACGUGUGAUCUAUUUCAGUGAUGCUGAUGAUCUCUAUUGGUCAAUGGCACCGGUGAUCAACCGACAAAAUGGACAAUAUGGUUGGUUACUUAGUAAAUGGCAAAAUAAGGAAUUAGCUUUCGUGAACGAGAAAUGUUUUUGUAAACCAUACUCAAAAGAAUUGUGUAAUCUAGCUGUCACAAUCGAUGGACAUUAUUUGAUAUUGAGGACGAUCAAUAGUUUAGAUAUUUAUGAAAUUGAUUAG